GUCACUGACCCCAGGUUAUCAUGGAUUCCCAGCGAGGGACAGCCAGGGUAACCAGGAGCCAACAGCCACUCCUGACGCCAUGGUUCAGCCAUUUACCACCAUCCCAUUUCCACCACCUCCACAGAAUGGAAUUCCCACAGAGUAUGGGGUGCCACACACUCAGGACUAUGCAGGCCAGACCAGUGAGCAUAACCUGACACUUUAUGGAGGUACACAGACGCAUGGAGAGCAGAGUACUAACACAGCCAGCACGCAAAAUGGAGCUCUGACGCAGACAGAAGGAGGGGCACAGACAGACGGACAGCAGUCACAGACACAGAAUAGUGAGAAUACUGAGAGUAAAUCCACCCCUAAACGGUUGCAUGUCUCCAAUAUCCCCUUCCGAUUCCGUGACCCUGAUCUCCGACAGAUGUUUGGGCAGUUUGGCAAAAUCCUUGAUGUAGAAAUAAUCUUUAAUGAACGCGGCUCCAAGGGAUUCGGGUUCGUAACUUUCGAGAAUAGUGCUGAUGCAGACAGGGCCAGGGAGAAAUUACACGGCACCGUGGUAGAGGGCCGUAAAAUCGAGGUGAAUAAUGCAACAGCACGUGUAAUGACCAAUAAGAAGAUGGUCACGCCAUAUGCAAAUGGUUGGAAACUGAGCCCAGUGGUUGGAGCAGUCUAUGGCCCCGAGUUAUAUGCAGCAGCCUCCAGUUUUCAAGCAGACGUCUCGCUAGGCAAUGAUGCAGCAGUGCCCCUAUCAGGAAGGGGGGGGAUCAACACUUACAUUCCGCUCAUCAUUCCUGGCUUCCCUUACCCCACUGCAGCCACGACAGCAGCCGCAUUCAGAGGAGCCCACCUAAGGGGCCGAGGGCGGACGGUGUAUGGUGCAGUUAGAGCGGUACCUCCCACAGCCAUCCCUGCCUAUCCAGGAAUAGUCUUACAGGAACCAAUCAUUAGCGCUAAAAUACCUCAGGGUGGAUAUGCAGCCUACAGAUAUGCACAGCCUGCUACAGCGACAGCAGCCACAGCCGCUGCCGCCGCCGCAGCCGCUUACAGCGACGGUUAUGGCAGGGUUUAUACAGCAGAUCCCUACCAUGCCCUUGCCCCUGCCGCUAGCUACGGAGUUGGCGCUGUGGCGAGUUUAUACCGAGGUGGCUACAGCCGAUUUGCCCCCUACUGAAGUGACGUGACCCCCUGCAGAUGGGACAGCCCCCCAUUCAUGAGGCCUGGCUAUUGCAAUAUUUACUCCUAGAGGAACUCUAUAGCAAGAUGAAGAGGAAAAACAAAAAAAAACAAAAACACAAAAAAAAAACACAAAAAAAGAGAAAAUACUUUUUUAUACCUCACUAUGUUCUUUGAAUAUGUAUUUUUCCUUUAAAUUUCUGCCUUUAAUUCUUUUGUUCCAAAGAUUGUGCAUUUUUCUUUUUUUUUUUUAACUGUGGUAAAAAAAAACCGAUGCAUUUCCAUGUCUGUAUGUCCAUGCGUAGCUUAUUCUGCCAAUCACGGAAGAGGCAGUUGAUGAGGAAGGAAAGACUUUAGAAAGUGAUCCAUUCAGUGAAUCAGAAAUAAACAGGCAGAAGUACCUAAGUGAGUCUAGUGCAGAGAGUAGUUGUGGGAUUGGCCAAUGGGGGAAAGAGGAUCUUUUCACUCCUUUCCCCAACUCUUAGCCUUUUGUGUUUCUGGUCUUUGGUAGGCAUCCUGAUUGACUGUGGUGGAAUCCCCAAGCUAAUGGGGGCAAGGAUUUGUACUUGCAUGGCAGGAAAGUAACAGAGAUGCUUUCCUCUCUCUUCUUCCCUUCUCCUGUUUCUCCAUUCACUGUUAAUAACCAUCCAAUGAUCACCAUAACCAUUAUUGAUCACACACAGCCGAGGCCAAUUGGCCCACAAUUGCAAUUGUAGUUGAAAGAUUACUCAACCUGUCUUAGAAUGUGGGUAAUUAAAAAAACAAAAACCUUCAUUAGGACACAGAUCUUAGAAUGAACUCUGGAGUGUGGAAACUAUUCUUUUUUCUUUCCUGUAAUCCUAGCAGCACUGCUGGGCUUCUUCAUAACUUUCUACUUUUGCCUCGGUUCAAAUCCUCCAUCUGCUUCUCUUAAAACCCUGGCUACUAUAUCCACAAAUUCCAGGGAUUUAGGGCCUUAGGGACAAAGGUCUAGAUGUUGACCUCUGUGUAUUUAGAUACAGGAAUAUGAGUAUUAGAGUUCUAAAUUAAAGACUGCCUUCAAAAAGGGGCUGGAGGGGGAAAAGCUAUAAGGAAAGGAUGACUAGUAUGCACUGGUGGAUGACUCUCAUUCAGAGAUCAUCCCAUCCCCCUCCACCCUCACCACCACCUCUAGUUAGGAUGAGUCAAUUAAGUCAGUAAAACUGUUGGAAAAGAUGAAGCACAAGAUGUUAUGGUCAACAAAACUGUCUCUGGAGCCAUCUUUGGUAACUCUGGCCUGUAGCAGGCAGGCCAGGGCACUUUGUAUAAGUUCUAAAGCCAUAGGAAUUUCCAUCUUCCAGAGCCUUUAUGAGUGAGUCACUUUGGAAUCCACAGUCUCAAGUCUUGGUGACCAUUCCACCCAGCCUUUCAGUAUCCCCCAAAGACAUAGAACUGAGCACCUGGACCUGCUUGGUGUACACGAAUUAGCACUAGGGGAUGUUGAAUUGGGAGCCCCUUUGAGUGUUGGAAGAAGGGUUUUCAAAGAGCAGGGAUCUUGCAUGUUGCCAGGAAAAGAAGGCCAAUGACCACUGGCAGUGAGUUGCUCUUGAUCUCUGGUCCCAAUUGGAUGAAUUAUAAAAGUUAGGUGAGAAAUAGUUUCCCUUCCAACUGUUAAUUCAAACCAGUCAAGUGCCCUGCAGCAUUCUCAAAUC